AUGUCGGCUGAAGAGGAUCUAAUCGACUACUCCGACGAGGAGCUGGCAACAAACGAGGCCACCACCGCCACUAACGGCAAGAAGGCCGACGCUGCUGCUUCAGGCAAUAGUGUUGACAAGAAGGGAUCCUAUGUCGGCAUCCAUGCUACCGGUUUCCGUGAUUUCCUGCUGAAGCCUGAGCUUCUUCGCGCCAUCGCCGAUUGCGGUUUCGAACAUCCAUCGGAGGUCCAGCAAACCUGCAUUCCCCAGGCUCUCCUCGGAGGUGAUAUUAUCUGCCAGGCAAAGUCGGGUCUCGGUAAGACGGCCGUGUUCGUCCUCACUACCCUCCAACAGGUCGAACCUGUUGCUGGCGAGUGUUCCGUCUUGGUCAUGUGCCACACCCGCGAGCUGGCUUUCCAGAUUCGAAACGAGUACAACCGUUUCAGCAAGUAUAUGCCGGACAUUAAGACCGGUGUCUUCUACGGCGACAAGUACCUACGCCUGACCAGCGUUCGAAUCUUCGUCCUUGAUGAAUGUGACAAGAUGCUUGACGCCAUUGAUAUGCGACGAGAUGUUCAGGAUAUUUUCCGAGCAACUCCGCAGCAGAAGCAGGUCAUGAUGUUUUCCGCCACGCUUUCCGAUGAAGUGAAGCCGAUCUGCAAGAAGUUUAUGCAGAACCCUACCGAACACUACGUAGACGAGGACACCAAAUUGACUCUUCACGGCUUGCAGCAAUAUUACAUCAAGCUUGAGGAACGAGAGAAGAAUCGUAAACUUAACGAGCUUCUUGACGAGUUGCAAUUCAACCAGGUCAUCAUCUUCGUCAAGAGCACGAUCCGUGCCACCGAACUCGACAAGUUGCUUCGCGAAUGUAACUUCCCGUCUAUCUCAGUACACUCGGGAGUCAGCCAGGAAGAGCGUAUCAAACGCUACAAGGAGUUCAAGGAAUUCAACAAGCGCAUCUGUGUCGCUACUGAUGUGUUCGGUCGAGGUAUUGAUAUCGAACGUAUCAACCUGGCCAUCAACUAUGAUUUGCCUGCCGAUGCUGAUUCUUACCUCCACCGUGUUGGUCGUGCCGGCCGAUUUGGUACCAAGGGUCUCGCAAUCUCAUUCGUAAGCACUGAUGCAGACCAAGAAGUGCUGAAGGCAAUUGAGAAGCGAUUCGAGGUCGCCCUUCCUGAAUUUCCCAAGGACGGUAUUGAUGCUAGCACCUACAUGGCAUCUUAG